AUGACCAAUGUUGGGAACGAGUAUGGUCAGGUCCUCAACUCUGUCCUCACAACCGGCGAGGGGGCUGGACUGGAUGACCUGUGCCAAGGGAUCGUCCAACGGUACAGGGAUGCUGGUGAGCCACAGCCAGCCGCCAUCUAUGUGGAUAGAGACUGUUGCAGUGACAGAGGGGUGAGCCCAGUUCUCCAUUGGUUUCGGCCAUGGACGUCCACUGUGCGGUUGGAUGUGUUCCACUUUAUGAGGCGAUUCACCAAAGGUCUCAUCACGGAACACCAUCCACUCUAUGGUACGUUCUGCUCCAAAUUGUCGAGCUGCAUUUUUGAGUGGGAUUACCAGGACAUCAGUAAUCUGAAGGAGGCGAAGCGGUCAGAGCUGAGGCAAAAGCAUCAGGGCUAUGAGCCAACAGAUGCCCAGGUGUUGGCGAGCAUCAGCCCUAAAGAACUAGCCAAGCACUGCCGCAGGAAAACCCGGGGAGUGGAGGAGACCCGUGCCCUCAUCAAAAGUCUCCUUGACUCCAUGUGGAACCUUGUGGACGGCACUGGGCUACACCUUAUUAACCACGAGCGCAUGUCUGAAGUGUGGAAGGUACAGCAAAAACACCUUGCCUGCAUCCAGGAUCCACCAGGAGUGCAGCUUUAUACUAACAUUGGGUCAGGGCUGGAGAAAGGAGACAAGACACUGGAUGUUCUAAGAUGCGCCAGAGGGUCCUCCUCUUUGGAAAGCUUUCAUAAGCACCAGUGUGCUUUCAUUCCAGGGUGGAGAUGCAAUGCAUUGCACACUCAGAUGUACAUGCUUGAGGGUGUGUCAAGGUGGAAUUUAAACCGGUCAGCACAAGCACUUUCAAUGACUGAGACAUCCAGGACAAAGCUGUAUGACAUUCGUUUGAUGUCCAAUGUAAAUGCGCUCAGCAACAAAGUCUUGGGAAAACCUCUUCUUCCAGAGUUUAUCCCCCCUGGGAAACCUACAGGAGAGCGAAUUGCUGUUGAAUAUCUUCUGGCACAAUCCAACAGAGGAGAUCUUCUGAGCCAGCAGACUGGUAAUGCUGACAUCCUGCCUGAGAUCUUGGAUGAAGACCUUGAGGAUGAAUGUCCUGAUGUGACCGUACCACAGGCUCAUGACCUCACAUUGCAGGUAAUAUUAUGUCAACAGUAUAUCUGGGGUCUGUUCUUCAUACGUGGAUUAAUCAGUCAGCUGGAUUUGAUUGUUGUCGAUUUGUCUUGAUCUUGAAUUAUUUAGUUCUUCGAAACUCAUCCUAGA